AUGAGGAGCCCGCUAGCACACAGCCCCCUGGAAAUGAAUCUAGGACUGGUUGACUUUGGUAAAUACGCGACAACACCGACAGACACAGAAAACGCAUUCGAGCCAAUCAAAGACCUUUGGGACGAAGAAGUUGAGCCAACGGAAGAUUCAUCAGACGAAGAGGAAGACGACACCCCUACACCAUCCAUACUAGACGCUAUCCAACGCACGCAGCCUCGACCGAUUAACAGAGACGUACCACCAACAGAUACAGAAGGAGCCAACCAAACCAGACAAGUCCAUACCACAGAAACCAUCACAGAAGAACUCAAUCUACAGAGCGUAUACGAACGAACCACACAAUCCAAGGACAAAUUAUACGUCAUAGCCCAUCAAGACGACACAUCAGGGUGGAACAACUGGUACGUGAUACAAAUCGACAUGGAGGAGACCAACGAGAAACUAGCAAGAACAAAAGGACAGUAUCACUGCAAGUGGUACAUACCAAAACCCACCGCUACAAAGCAAGGCCCCCCAAUGACCAGCCCCUUUUGGCCCCUAAUCAAAGAAUUUACCGACGAGACAACAUACGGCCCAACAGUACCCAUCAGACCCAGCAAAGUAGACCAGGUGCUAAACAAGAGCCCACACAAAUACGCCUGGUACCAGAAAGAGGUCAACAUCAUCGAAGACGGCGUGUACGGACCUUUCGAUUUUGAACGAGACUACAAAAUACCGGACGUGGUGUGGGAAAAAGUGAGAGAGGCGGCAACACAGAUGAAACUAAAAGUGGCCAACAUCACACCCAAGUCAACACCACCAGGUAGAGCACACAAACGAGCGCGACACAAACGAUAA